AUGCCUAAAGAUAUAGAAAGUUUGAAAUCUGUAUUACAUAAAUACCCUAAUUUCCCAGUAAAAGGUGUUUUAUUUGAAGAUUUUCUUCCAAUAUUUAGAGAUCAUAAACAAUUUACUGUAUUGAUCGAUGCAUUUAAGUCACAUUUAGAGGAACAAUUUCCUAACACUAAGAUUGAUUAUAUAGUAGGAAUUGAAUCUAGAGGAUUCUUAUUCGGACCAACUCUCGCAUUAGCUAUGAACAUUGGGUUUGUUCCUAUCAGGAAAGAAGGAAAACUACCAGGUGAAUGUGUUUCUGCAGUUUCAGAAAUGGAAUAUGGUUCAAAUACAUUUGAAAUACAGAAAAAUGUAAUCCCACCAAAUUCAAAUGUAAUUAUCUUAGAUGAUAUUUUAGCUACAGGUGGUACAGCUCGAGCUGCAUUUAAUCUAUUAGAAAACCUACAAGCAAAUAUUUUAGAGUUUGAUUUUGUCAUGGAAUUAAAUUUUUUGAAAGGUAGACAUAAAUUAGGAGCCCCAGUAUUUACUUUAUUAAAAGAACAAGAACAAGCUUUGAAAUCAAAAUAA